GAAAAUAGUGGGAGGAGCUCACCUGUUGAUGACUUCCACGGUGUAGUACAGUGGAUAAUGAGUUUAAGCCUACCGGGGAUCCCGUGACCUCUAUUCGAAUCGAGAGGGUUCUCUAGUUUUCUUCGUUUUCAGUAAAGUCAGUUUCCAAGACAGCAUUUUGAGAGAAACAAAAAAAAAACUAGACAAAUUUUCAACAUGAUGAAAUCACAUUGCAGUCGGGUUUCUUUUUGCCUGUGUUAAUUCAGCCUGGGAAAAAAAAAAUCUGAAAAGAACAUAAAACAAAGACAUCUCGUUACAAGAGUCAGUCGAUAUAUUUUUUCUUUAUGUAUUUUAAUGUCUUGUCGAAAUCUGGCCGCGCGCUGCCAUUGGCGUGAUUUGACGUCAUGGCUCCGCCUAUCCGCUGGCACCGUUAAAGAACGUACCACCUGAACCGUCGAGCGACUUGAAACAGUCAGUACGACGCCGACCGCAGUGUACGCUACUAGCCUUCGUCUUUUGUUCUCCCUUUCGUUUUUACGUCCCCCUCUGUCAACCGCAACCAUUUUCUCCCCUCAAAGGGGAAAACAACAAAAGUUUGCAAACUUCGACAAUGGUCGCAAUAGCUUGCAUCAUAUUUCCGUGGUCUAUCCUAUUUGUGUACGUCAUUUUUCUCUACUUGGGCGUCUGACUGUCUCCCGUUGUUGAAAACCCUUGGAAAAUUCACGCGUGAAAAAAAAAAGUAGAAGGACCUAAAAAAAAAAAAAGACAAAUUGAGCUCCCAAGCGCCUCCUGGCGGAGUCGGGAGACUUGUGGAACUUGCGUGAGACAUUUUCUCAGUUCCAAGCCCCCUCAGACGGAUGUGUAUGUGUUUUAGUGCUACGACGUCAUUGUGACGGGAUCUCUAUUUUUUGUUUUUCUUUUAAAGCUAUUUUUUAAACUUAGAAAUAAAAACGAGUUACAAUGAUAAGCCAUGAAGGCUUUCUAUUUUUGUGAUCAACGCCAAGUUAGCGACACCAGCGAUCUCGUGUGAUAUUCAGCCAAAAACUCUAAAAACAGACAGUAAAAAGAAAAGAAAAGUGCAACAACCCAUCAACCUCAAACGAUGUCGAUGACGACAUUCUACACAGCAACGGCCAGUUCGGCGGCCGAACUGGCCGAAGCGCUUCUUCUGACCUCAUCGGCCUGCGAGAGCACCUCCUCGUCGUCGUCUUCUUUGUCCGUCAGCACAAGCGUCGAAGAUGAAGACAUGAUGAUGCUCGAUUUUGACGUGGACGAUUCUCCUUUACCUUCGUGUCUGGUCAACUGCAUGGCGUUCACAGAUGACCAGGCCGGACGCUACCCUUUCGAUAAGCGUCCGCUCGAUCUCAUACAAGGCGAUUCGCAGGCCGUCACCUCGGCCGUCUUUUGUUUCGUCAAAAAGUUCGUCUGGUAA